AUGGAAUCUUAUCCAAAAACAAUGCAAGGAGCAUCAGAAAGAUCGUUUCAAAAAUCCUGGUUUGAAAAAUAUGUAUGGUUAGAAUAUAGUCCAUCUAAAGACCUAGCAUUUUGUUUUCCAUGUAGGAUCUUUAAGGGUAAUAAUUUAAACAGCAGUCAAUUAGAUGAUGCAUUUUCUAAAACUGGUUUCUGUAGUUGGUAUAGAGGUAUUAAUCGUUUUAAUAAACAUCAAAUUACUAAAUCCCAUAUUUUUAGUACCCAAGCAAUGGCUGAUUACUUAAAUACUACUUCUAUUGAUCAACAAAUAGAUAUAAGUAGAAAAGAAUAUAUUUCCAAAUGUGAAAGUGAUCGUUUGCACAAUAGAAAAAUUAUGAAGCGUUUGAUAGAUAUAACUUUGUGUCUUGUUAAAGGAGGAAGGCCUUUUAGAGGUCAUGAUGAAGGAGAAAAAAGUAAUCAAAAGGGUUUAUUCAAAGAAAUAGUUAAUAUUUUUGCUAAAUAUGAAAUAGUUUUGAAAGAACACUUUGAAAAUGGCCCAAAAAAUGCAAAAUAUACCAGUAAUAGAAUCCAAAACGACCUAAUUAGUUCCAUACAUAAUGUUCUUAUUAAAAAAGUAAAAGCAGAUUUACAAAAUGUAUAUGUUUCAAUCUUAGCCGAUGAAACUAGUGAUGUUGGUCAUCAUGAGCAACUUUCAAUCGUUAUACGAUAUUUUGAUGAUCAAAUGAAUAGACCUGUUGAAACUUUUCUCGAUUUAGUACGGUUAGUUUCUGUUAAUGCUGAAUCUAUAUUCACAGCUAUAAGUAAUAUUAUACAUUCCAAAUUUGGUAUAGGUUGGUCAUCAAUAAUUGCUGUGUGUUUUGAUGGGGCCUCUACAAUGUCUGGUAAUAUAGGUGGGGUACAAAGAAAAUUCAAAGAGAUGAAUGCAAACAUUUUGUAUGUACAUUGCUAUGCACACUGCUUAAAUUUGUCAUUAAUUGAUUCAAUCACAAGUAAUACAAGUAACAAAAAUCAAGUAGUAUUUAACUUUUUAGGAUCUGUUCAAUUUUUAUACUCUUUCAUUGAAGGCAGCCCUACUCGACAUGCUAUUUUUGAAAAUAUAGCUAAAGAACAUGGGUCUAAUCUUCAAACGUUUAAGUCAUGCUCAACAACAAGGUGGGCAUGUCGCUCAGAGGCAGUAAAUGCUAUUAAACAUAACUAUAGAGCAUUAUUAAAAGCGUUAGACGAAAUAACAAAAAAGAGUUUGCUGCCAGAUGUAAAAAUGAAGGGCUUAGGACUUAAAAGUCAAAUCAAAUCAUUCAAUUUUAUUUUUUGUAUGAAUAUGAUGCAACCUAUUUUACAACUAGUUUUAAAAGAUAAUGAUACAGAUUUUCAAACUGUUAAAAAUAAACCAGCUAAACGAAGUACAGAUCAACGUGAUGAACUUAUAUCAUUAGCCUGUAAACGUUUGUGCGAACCGGAAAGUGAAGAAUUACAAAUAGCUAAAACAUGGGCUAAUGAAUUAUUAAAAAUGAAUAAAUCUCAACAAAUGUUUGCCAAAAAAGGGAUAGCUGACAUUUUAUUUGAAGGACAAUUGGGUACAUUGAACCGUGAUUCUAUUCAAAUCAAUACUAUUUCAAGCAUUGACGUAUUUUGUUUUUUAAUAAAUGGAUUCACCAAAGUUAAAUUUCAUCGAAACAUUCAUCAUCCGUUCUUAAAAAAUUUUUGA